ACUUCAGCUAUGUAGACAUAUCUGCGUCGAGAUGUGCACCUUUAAUUACUUCCUAUUCCACUUAUAGUGAUGUUUUCGCUUCAUAGUAUCUUCUUCAUCUCGUUUUUUUACAAUGAAAGUAAUUAAAGGGAUUUAAUAUUGUUUGUCUUCAUAUAUCGGUAAUUAUGGUUCAUGAGUUAGAUGAAAACAUGAAUUCUCAAUUAGAUGCAUCCUUUGAACUGAAAGAAUCGUUGCAUUUGGAGUUUGUUCGGUACUUAGACCUCUUUUGUAUCAUAUGGCUCAUAUUAACCGGAAAAUUGAGAAUUUAUAAUUCUAACUCAUAUACAUCAUUACUAAGUGUUCUUAAGAGAGUUAAGGACUCUUUUAGUUCUGAAAUUGGGAGUUCUGAACGCGAUGCUUUAUCUCACAGUACGUCCCUUUCUGAAUGGAAACAAGUUUUCAAGAGCUUUAUGUACAAUAUCCAAACAAAAUUAGGAUUUGAAACAAGAUCAGAUUUGAAAUACGAUAUAUUAUCAGUGGAAGAUUAUCAUGAAUGUACUCUAACCUUAGGAAGGAACCCAGUUGGUCUAUGUUCUAUUUUAAAGCGUUGCAUAUGUAAAUUUCGUCGACCAAAGAGUAAUUUUGAUCAUAAAUAUAGUUAUUCAUCUGGUGAAAACGAUUAUGAUGUUGAUAUGUGCAAAGAUUGUGCCUUAAAUAAAGACAAAAUACAUGGUCCAGUUGCUCUGGUCUCACCAUUUAUAGUUUCUAAUCAAACUUCAGAUUCCUCUAAUAAAAAGUCUGGUAAAAGAGCUAAAAUAUCACACAAUACACAGGUUUAUAGUUCAUUUGAGAACAAUAACAUAUAUUCGGAUCUAGAGUAUCCUCUCAGUCGUUUUCUAGAUAAAUUAAAGCCAAUCACACUUUCCCUCAAUACAUCUAACUCUAUCGUUAUUGGUGAUACGAUUUUUAAACUUGUUGAUUUGAUUAUUUCUAAUAACUCCGAUCCAUCAGGUGUUGAUAAAGAUACCAAGCUACUUGUGGAUAUAUUGGAGGACUGUAUUGAAAAAUCUAGAAACAUUGAUAAAAAUGAGAAUAAAUCCAGCGAUUCGGGGAACAUGCCAAAUUUUUUUCAAACUUUCCUUGUGGGUUAUGAGGAAUUAUUUCAAAAUGUGAUAAAAUUAACUCCAUUUCCAACCUUAUACUGGUUGGUUGAUAAACACCUUAAUAAUGCAGUUUCUUCCUUAGAAGGAAGUGGUGCCAUAACCAAGCUUCAAAAUGCCCUUGAUACUACCAUCACCCAAUAUAACUGUGACAGAAAUAUUGAAUCUAAAGGUUUGAUUCAGAGAGUAAUUAAGGACAAUUUAUUCUAUAUUAGUAGAAGAUUUCAGCUGGUGCACCCUACGCUAAUUGAGUUAUUUUAUAAUUUAUUUUUCAAUAUGGACCUAUUUUCUAAGGGAAAUUUAGAGCCUGUGGAUACAAAGAAAUAUAUUACACUAUCUCCAGAUGUGUACGUUGAUAUAUUUGAUAAAAUGAAACCGGAGGUUACAAAGGUGCUAGGAAUUCUCAACACACUGAGAAUAUACGGCAUAGGUGGGAAUAAAAACUUUUUCCGCAUCAAAUGUCUACACGGUAAUUUAUCUUUUGAGCUUGCUGAAGGUUCCUAUAUAGGGAAUUUGGUAGCCAGGGAAUUACUUUGUAUGUCGUAUUUAUUACAUCGGUAG